AUGCACGUCGUCGCCACCUCGAUUCCACAUUAUGGCCUUGUUGCCCCUGGUGAGGUUGUCACCCUCCGUCUCGCCUUCAAUGCGAUCGAGGGCACCACCAACGCAACCGGGUUGCUUGACCUAUCGCUGACGGAUGCCGUGUGGCGCUCAGCGUUGCCCUUUGCCGCCUCGUCGGCCGUGGCCCAUGCUCCAUACGCCACUGUAGGCAUCGCUUCGUCGGCCCUGAGCCUCGGCUCGAUUAUCAGCAACACUGCGGACAACUUUGUCUCGUUUGCCUCAGACGGUGCGGGAUGGGACCUCGCAUUCCAACUAGUCGACGCGCCGGCGCUUGCUAACGGCACGCUCCUCACUCUGUCUGGUGCGCUCUCUGAUGACGCUGGCCUAGUGGCACCGUCACCGGUUGCCCUCUCAUGGACUGUUGCCCGAGCCACCAUCGCUUCCUCGCUCGCAGCUAACGCUACGGUGAUCGAUGCCGGUGACGUCAUCACCUACACCCUCAGCAUCGCGCACCUUGCAGGCUCGAUCACUCCUGCCUACAUAGCGUUUGCCGACCAAGCCCCGCAGCACACCAAGCUGCUUGACGGCUCCCUCGCAGCUGGCUGGACUGGCGGCCCGCCCGGAUCCGUCGUGUUUGGACCCGCUUUGGCCUGGUCUGCCACCCUACCGCCGGGCUCGGUCCUUACCAUCUCGUACUCGGUCAUCGCUCUCUCAUCGCUCCCGCCGCACACUACCGUCACCAACUCGGAUGUGCUCACUUGGGCCUCAGCCCCGUUGUCGGUGCCACUUGCUGUGCGUGGGGAAGAGGCCCUCGUCUCCAACUCGGUCGCCGUUGAAUCUUCUGUCCCGGGCCUCCCAUUGGUGACUCCCACUGCCUCAGCAUCGCCUCUUUCCGCGCUGGACACUCAGCUGGCUGUUGGCGAGUUGGUCAACGUCUCUGUUGCGGUCACACUUCCAGAAGGCUCGCACAACCUCUCCAUCGCCAUCAACACCACCGACUCGAUUCUCACCAUCGAGUCGCUUUCUCUGUUCUCCGUCGGGUCCUCGCUCUUGCUGCCGUCGCCGCUCUCUGCUGGCUGGCACAUCUCCUUGCCGCCGAGCACCUUUGCCAAGUCGCUUGACCUGUCUACCACCAUCAACGAGCCCGACAAUGUCGCUAGUUCUGGUGACGUAGUCGAGCUCAUUUUGGGACUGCGUCCGACAGGGCCGCUUGCUGUUGCUCACCUACCUGUUGCGCUUGGUGUGCGGCUUAUCUAUCCGCAGUUGGCUCAUCCCGUUGUUGAACACACGUGGAUGCUCGUGGAGCCGUCGCUUACGGUCAACAUUACCCGUGACGUUGCUGUUGUCGAUCACGGCUCGCGGCUAGUUGCCCGUGUUUGUGGCGGGCAGACGGCCUCGGCCUCGACUCCAGCGCCGAAUUUCAUUGUGCAUCUUGGCCACGGGCCUGAAUUAGCCUUUGUGAGCAUCAUGCCGAUGUCGGCAGCCGCUGCCGCCACUCUCGCGACGACUCGAAGCACUACUGGUAGCUUGCAUCUCCAGUUGGGCCAUGUCGACGUCGGUGUACAACUCUGCUUUGACGUCGCCUUUGACGUCACCGCCGCCGUCGUUGAUGUGACUAACGUCACUAUCGUCGCCAACGUGUCAUGUCUCUCGCUGCCUCUGCCGCACCCGACUGCCCGGACCUAUCAGGCUCCCACGGUCUCCGCCACUGCAGUGGCGCCGCGGCCGUGGGCCUUUGAUAUCCAGCUCAUCUCCGAGCUGCCGGACACUACCGACACAGCAUCGCCUGGUGGUUUGUACACCAUGGCGCUCGGCGAGCGCGGCGUACUUCGCAUCACCGUUGGCCUGAAGGACGUCGCUGCACCAAUUGUUGUCAACGGUAGCAUCGGUGCGACACUCCCGAUUGUGGCCACUUCGGUUGCCCGCGUCGGGUCCGAGAUCGCAGCGCCUGGCCUCGCCUCUCUGCCAAGCCCUAGUCUCGCCAAUGGUACGUGGGUGUGGCACGUUGACCUGGGUACGGCGCGUGGUGGCCGCUCCUCGGCCUCCUUCUCGCCAUCCUCGUCACUCGAUCUUGACCUCGAGUUUGUCAUGCCAAUCGAUCUUCCAUCGCGCUGCCUGCCUUUCAACAUAUCCCUCUCGUUUGGAGUCGCUUCGGGUGCAACGCUCGAUUUGGGUGUGGUCAUCUGCGCUGCCGCGCCAGAGGUCGCGCUAGCGGUUGUUUCGGUGGAACCAUCCCUGCUGAGUCGGGCCCGGUCGCUUGCCGAGGCACCUUUCCGUGUCGAUGGCGCCGACAACGUGGCGUGGGACAUUGUCCUCUCCACCUCGCUAGGCCCGGCGUAUGGCCAGCUGGUAGUCACCGUCCCAGCCGACCUUGACUCGAUCACCUUUGCCUCGGACACCCCUGCUGUGCUCUCUGCCACUGGCCUGGUCCCGGCAACCGAACGAGCGCAAACUUGGAGCGUAGCCACCAACGCGUCGCUCAGCUCGGGACAGGAGGUGCGCCUUCGUGUGAGUGCCGUUGUUGCGCCGACCGUCGCCCACCUGAAGCUUCUUGUGGUCAACGCCACCUUUGAGCAACGGUCACUGCCGCUCGGAUCGGAGCAGCCCGCGGUCGGUGCAAACGUAGCAUUGCUCGAGGCAAGAGCCGCCAUCCGGGUAGCUGCUGCACUGCAGCUCGACCUAUCUCUAGUGGCGACAUCUGAUCCACGCUCCACGAGCGCGCUGCUCAACGCCUCGAUUCCCGAUCUGGUGGUUGGCGAGAGCUUCGUGGCUCGCGUGCGGAUCGUGACCAUGGAGGGCUCCAACGGGUUUGAGCUCGUUCUCUCGCAGCUCUUCGCCCCGUCGCCUUUCCCGGGUGCCACCCUUGGCCUCCACAACGUCACCAUGAUUUCUGUGGGAGCAUCGCACAUCGGCGCUGCGCUCGAUUCGUUUGUCGCUACCACGCGUGCAGACGCUUCCAGCAUCGUUGUCGUGUACGCGCCAUCGGGCGAACCCGCGCCUCUAGUUAACGUUGCCGACAACGUCAUCGACGCUGGUGACAUCAUUGAGCUCGAGGUCUCGGGUAGAAUGAGCCUGCCGCCUGACGAAAGGUCAGAAGUCGCGCCAGGAGUGACUAUGCUCCUCGCCGAGAUGUCCGGUCACAAUCUGACGGCGCAGCUGCAGUUUGACGUUCUGGCCGAGUCUGCAGUUCGCGCCACGCCGGUUGCCCGCACACCGCGGUCAUACUGGUUCAUUCUUGUUGCGGCAGUUGUCCUCUUUCUCACGCUCUGCUGCCUCUGCUGUCUCUGGAUGGUGUGCCUCGACUCUGAGGAUCGUGAUAGCAAGGUGCUCGUGGUGGAGCCGGGCUCGGGCACGGCUGUGCCAGGCAUGAUUGUGCAAUCGCCGUCGCACGUAGAAGGACCGGCCAUGGCAACGUAUGUCACACCGCCAAUGGCAAGGACAGCAUCGACCGAGUGGCAGCCCGACGGCAGCCCCGGCGCCCCCGACCGCUUCCAUGCCAAGAGGCCGACGCCACUGCGGGUGGCCAAGCUGCAUGUGGCAGCGCCCGAUGUCCAGCAGGCCAGCAUGCUCCCGGGCGGCAUCCCUCUGCCAUCGCCAGCCGAAAGCAUUAGCUCCUCCGGUCGGGUGUCGCCGUGCCUCAUGCCGCUUCGUACGCCGGACGGGACGACCAAGGCCUUUGAUCCGCUGGCAGGCGGGCUGACGGCUCUGCCGGCAUUCCCGGCUUCGAUGCGGGCAGCUGCGUCGCUCUCGACGUCGUCGUCAUCGCUGUCAGACCAGUCUGACUUUGAGUCUGCGUCGUCGAUGCCAUCGGGCGGGACGAGUCGCUCUGCUGCCGCCGGCUGGUCGCAGACGUCGCGACAAGCAAGCGCGACGUCAUCAGAGCUGUCGUUCCGUAGCCGACUGGAGCGGGUCGACGAGCUCAUUGACACUGCGUCGACGUCGACGUAUGAUGGCGACAUCGGACUGGACGUUCAGAGCUUGACGUCGGCGACUCCGGCAGCAGUGGCCGCCCUUCGCGGCAGGGCUGGACUGGCUGGCAUCAGCACGUCGUCGGUAGCGUCGGUGUCAUCGGUUGGGUCCCGUGGGCUUCGACGAUCGUCGCUCUCGGUUCGCAAGUUUGAAGUUGCCGCAUCAUCGCGGUCAUCUGGCAUGACCGGCUCGACCUCGAGCUCGUCAACGUCGGGCCUCUCGACCGGCUCACUGUCGGGGAGCGAACCAGCCUCGCCGCGGCCCGCCAGUGCUAUUCAGGCACGGGCUCUGGCGGCACUGGCCGGCCCGUCGCCGGCGUCGCGCGGCGAGCUGAGUCUAGGCAUCAGCGGGCCGCGACGACGGCCAGUGAGUACACCAGCGUUCCCGUCAAGCGUGGGCCGUCGAGACGAUCCGCUGUCGGCGCUUGUGAGCAGCCCUGUGGCAGAAAAGGAGUAA